UUGAGAAAGCUGUUGGCUUUUCCUUGUCUAUGCUCCUGCCCCCUUGAGAGAAGGGAGGAUCAAAGGAAAUUCCCGUAGGCUUCCAGGACCAAGGUGCUUUUGCCAAAUGUGUGCGUGUUUUAGAAUGUGCUUUGCAGAGCCUUCCUGGCCCAGCUCAGAGAGGCUGAGAGUAUGAAGCUCCUGAGAGCCCAGGGGUGUCUCGGCUCCUCUCUGGCAAUAUUUGUCGCUCUGAGCUUCAGGCAAGUCCUUGGGAGCCUCAUGGCCCACAGAGAGCUUACAGUGACACGCUUCUCCAUACGCUCGACCAUUGUGUCCCGCUAUGCCCACACCCAGGUUGUGUCUGUCAUGACCAACCCACACUCGGAAGCCCAGGAAGCUAUCUUCGACCUGGAUCUACCCAGCAUGGCCUUCAUUUCCAACUUUACCAUGACCAUCAAUGGCAAAGUCUACACAGCUGAAGUCAAAGAGAAGCACCAGGCUAAGAAAAUGUACGAGGAAGCCAGGAAACAAGGCCAGACUGCUGCCCAUGUGGCCAGCCAAGACGAUGAGGUCAAGAAGUUCAAAAUUUCCACAAGUGUAGCUGUGGGUGGAGAGGUGACAUUUGCCUUGACCUAUGAGGAAUUGCUCCCUCGACUCUUGGGGAAAUACCAGCAUGCUGUGAGUGUUAGACCUGGCCAAGUGGUACUAAAUCUCAGUGUGGAAGUGACGGUAUCAGAGAGGACUGGCAUUGACUACAUCCAUGUGCUGCCCCUCCGAACCAGCCACCUACUGACCAACGCUGUUAGAGGUGAGGCUGACUUGCCAACAUCCACCAGAAUUGAAAAAGAGGAGACCUGCGCACGGGUCACCUUCACACCAACACUGAAUGAACAGGCUGCCUACUCCAGCCGGGGCAUCAUGGGGGACUUUGUGAUUCAAUAUGAUGUGACCAUGAAGGACGUCAUCGGCGAUGUGCAGAUCUACGAUGGCUAUUUUGUUCACUAUUUGGCCCCCAGAGACCUACCUCGUAUGCAAAAAACCAUCAUCUUCGUUAUUGAUGUCAGUGGCUCUAUGACUGGAACAAAGCUGAAGCAGACCAAGAAGGCCAUGCAUGUGAUCCUGGGGGACCUGUGCCCAGAGGACCAUUUCAACAUUGUGACCUUCUCUGACAUUGUCCACAUCUGGAAGGCCACGGGCUCCAUUCAGGCCACACCCCCAAACAUACAAAGGGCCAAGGCCUACAUUGGCAGAAUGCAGGCGGGCAGAUGGACAGACAUGAAUGCAGCUCUCUUGGCAGCAGCUUCCAUAUUGAAGCAGAGCAUCACGGGGCCCUCAGGAGAGGCUCGCCUGGUCAUCUUCCUCACCGAUGGGGAACCCACAGCGGGAGUGACCUCGCCUGCCCGCAUCCUUGCCAACGCCCAGAGGGCCCUGGCUGGCCAGGCAGCCCUCUUCGGCCUAGCUUUGGGGGAUGAUGCUGACCUUCCCCUUCUUCGCCGCCUCUCGCUGGAGAACAGAGGCACAGCUCACCGCAUCCGAGAGGACCAGGAUGCUGCCCUGCAGCUUAAAGGCUUCUACGAUCGCAUCGCUUCCCCCCUGCUAGCUGACAUUCACCUCCACUACCAGGCCGGGCGAGCUGGGGGGGCCAAUCCGCUACGGAGCUACUUCCCCAACUACUUCGGGGGCUCUGAGCUGGUGGUGGUGGGCCAGCUAGGUCACAGGGAGCCUGAGCUCCGGGUGCACCUGGAGGCCCGGGGCCCACACAACCACCUGCUCACAGCUGCUCGGAGUGAGAAGGCCGCCAGUGGUAGGGAGCCCGCAUUUGGCUGCCUGUCCCACAGGGAGCUCAAGCUAGGCCAAGGCUUCCUUCAGCGCCUUUGGGCCUAUGUGACCAUCCAGGGCUUGCUGGAGGCCCGCCUUGGGGCCAAUGAUUCAGCUACCCGCAGACUGCUGGGCCAAAAGGCCCUCAACCUUUCUCUGCAUUUCCAUUUUGUAACGCCCCUGACCUCCCUUGUUGUGGUGAAACCAGAGGAGGAAGACAGGGGGGAGCAGGGCCCACAUCCAGCCCUGCCAGCUCCUGGAAAGUCUUCAAGGCUUCCGCUCCUUACCGGCCCCACUGAGCCCCUGCUCCAGGGGGCCAAACUCACCAACACUUCCCCUAGGCCCUCAGCCACAGCCAAAGCAGGGAAUCCCAGGGCAACCCAACAGAAUCCAACUCCACCUGGCCCCUGGGUACAGCCACAUUCUGCUCAUCCAUCAUCUGUGAAACCCACAGUGUCUUCAUUCCCCGAGACUGGCUCCUUGUCUCCUCCCAGAGCAGGCCCUGCCGCUCAUCCGAGUUCUGUCACCCCAUCACUACUGACCUCCCCCCAAGCUGGGGCUCUAUUGCACCCCAAAGCAAACAUCUCAUCUCGGUACAAUCCAGGCUCCCUGGCUCCCCCAAGAUCUGACUUCUUAACCACCCCUAAAGCAAGCACCCCCAUUCGCCCAAGUCCUAACAUCUCGUCAGCACUUAAUCAGCCACUGAGCUCCCCAUCUCCUCCCAAGGCUGUUUCUCCAUCUCUCACCAGAACUGGCUCCCUGUUUCCCCUAAAGCCUGACAUUUCAUUCUCCUCAUCCAUCCAAAAAUAUGUCUCUCCGGGGCCCCCUAAACCUGGAUCCCUGUCCCCCCCAAAUGUCAACCCUCCAAACUCCAAUUCUUCAGAUUUCCCUAAACCAAGCCCCCAGUUUCCCCCCCAACACAAUCCAUCCUCCCCCAAAGCUGAUACCUUGUCCCCCUCUAAGUUUAGCUCCCAGUUUCCCGCCAGACCUGUCUCCCCAGAUCCCCCAAAUCUGACAUUUAAUCCCCACCAACCCAGUUCCUCAUCUCCCCCUAAAGCCCAACUGUUGUCACAACCUAAGCCAAACAUCCCAUCCCAGGAUGCUCCCCCCAAAUGGGAUCAGCCAACCUCCCACAGUCUGAGCUCCCCAUCACUGCUUAGACCUGCCACUCUCUUUUCCCGAAAUGUCACAGCAAGUCCUGAUAUUUUGAUAGCGUGGGACCCUAGCACCUCAUCUCCCCCCCAACUUGCUUCCCCAUCUCUCCCGCAAACUGGAGUACUGUUGUACAAUCUUAGUGUUCCUAAGUCUCAGUCCUUCCCCAGACCAAGUUCCUCAUCCCUCUCUAUCCUAAAUCACCCACCUCCCUAUAACCUGAGCAGUGUUCUUGUUCUCCCUGAGGAGCCAGGCCAACUUCUGGAAAUCCUGCCAGAUUCUCGAUUCUCUGAGUCCUUGAAGCCUCCAGCUAUCUACACUUUCCCCAACACCCCCAGACAAGGCAGCAGACCUGGGAUUCAAGGCAAGCCUCAGAAAUCCCCAUCAGUUUUUACCUUCUCCUCUUCAGUGGAUGGAGACCCACAUUUUGAGAUUCGGUUGCCCAACUCAGAGAGUAGAAUCUGUUUCACGGUGGAUGGAAGGCCAGGAGACACACUUCAGCUCAUCGGAGACCAUGAAACAGGGCUCCAUGUCAGUGGCCACCUCCUGGGGGCACCUCCAAAGCCUGGCGGUGAGCAGCGGACCCGCACCUACUUCGACAAGAUCGUGGUGGCUGUGAGGAGACUCCAGGACCCUUUUGUCAUCCGUGUGAGCCUGCACCACGUCAGCCUGGAGAUGGAGGGCAUGACAAAGAGACUCAGCUGGGACCAGCCUCUUCUCUUCCUGCAGCAUGGGCCUGGACUCGAGCUGAUUCUCCAGCACCAGAGGACCCUCACCAUCCGUCUCAGCCUGCACUUUGAGUUCCUUAUCAAGAGGCACCGUGACAGGCACCCCACUCCGCUGAGGCUCCCCCAUCUUGGCUUCUACAUGGUUAAUGGGCACGGCCUGAGCCGCUCUGCUCAGGGCCUCCUAGGGCAAUUCCAGCACACAGAUCUCUUUGUGAAGCAAACAGUUAGUGGGGCUUGGCUGGAAAGGUCAAAUGGCCCCAGCGUGCCUCUGCUUCCUGUCAUCGCAGGGAAGGACUUGCUGUCUGGGGGCCCCUGCUGGAGGGUGAAGCAUCAGGACGUGGGGAAGCUGCUGGGGAGUCCCUACAAGGCUUUUGUCCUCUGAGGGGCCGCUACUCCCUCUUGGGAGAACACGUCACCCUCACACCCAACCUGCCCUUAGACCUGGAUGUCUUUCCUGCCUACGCUGCCCUGCAGUCCCUCUUUCCUGCUCUUCUUCCCCCUCCCUUGCUUUCUCUCCUUCCCUGACCACCUCUUCUUCGACAAGAUCUGACAUUUAGAGGUAGGAUCUUAGACAUUUAGAAGAGAUCUUGUAGGGCAUUAAGUUCAAUAAGCACAUUCUAUAGAUGAGGAAACAGUCCCAGUGGCUUAAGUGACUUGCUUAAGUGGUAAGUGUUUGAGGUAGGAUUCAGACUCAUGUCUCGGGGGGCAGCUAGGCGGCGUAGUGGA